CUUAAAGCUUGUGGCGCGUGCAUUUCUCUAUUCACGUUUCAGUACCGGACUUAAACAGAGUGUGUUGGAGACGGUAAGGAGUAACGUUAGUACUUUGUACUGAGAUAACUGAAGAAAUGAAUUCUGUCAGAAAAACGAAGCAAGCUGAGAAUCCACAUGAAAACUUAAAGAUGUUUUUUACAGCAAAAACAUCGGGGACAUCUAGGAGGAAAACACUUCAGGUCCUCCAGCCAUCUGCUGUCAAUAAGCCUCUUGGGAAGCUGAUUGAGACUGGCAAGGCAGUUCCUAAGAGGAAGCUAUGGGGUGCUGACCAGGUGAAGGGCUCAAAGAGAGUUAAAGCUGAAGUGGCAGUGAAACAUGCAGACCUAGAAAAUGAAAACCAAACUGAAGGAAUCUCAAAAGAAGCCUAUGAGCUGAUGGUCAAAGAAACCCCUACCUCCUCUUACUGGAAGCAGUUGGCAGAGGAGCGACAGAAAGCCCUUUUCAAUGUUCUCCAGGAAAAUGAGAAGCUUCACAAAGAAAUAGAAGCCAAAGAUGAGCAGAUUGCUAAGCUGCGAAGUGAGAAUGAUGAACUACAGGAGUUGGCACAGCAUGUCCAACACAUGGCUGACAUGAUCGAGCGGUUAACUGGUAAAAGUCCAGACAACUUGGAAGAACUACGAGAAAUCGCCUUUGAUGUGGAAGAUGACAAUCCUGAGUGCAAAAACGAAGACGCAUUAAAUCUGGAGGAUGAGGAAACGAACACCAAAGAUGCAGAGAAUACAGGGGUUGUGACUGAAGCAGAAGAUAACACUGCCUCAGAUGCAUGAAAGUGGCUCGAAGCUUGUGCCUUGGACAACUCAGAACUGUGGUGUGGAGAUUGAUUUAGGUUUUUUUGACUUUCAACAAGUGAUGUGCAAUUAUCUUGGGUUUAUUUAAUCUUUCCUGUAAAGAUUUUCAAACUUGGUGGUUUUAACAGGUUUGUAUAUAUGUAAAACUGACGUACACGAAUAAACGGCCAUAUUUUUAUAAACUUUCACAG